AAAAAAAAAGAAAAAAAAAACGUUUGAACAAAAGAACACGGAAAGAGAAUUCUACUAUUCCGGCGAGUUCUCCGUCUCAGAUCUCCGACGCCGACGAACCUCGUUUUCCGGAAUUCCUCAUUCAGAAAAUGGCUUUAGGUGGACCAGCUCCCCCAAGAGGAAGUGCAGCAGCUACUGCUAGCAUGAGGAGAAGGAGAACAACCAGUGGUGGGGCCUCUGGAGGAGCAGCUGGGACUAUGCUUCAAUUUUACACUGAUGAUGCCCCUGGACUCAAAAUUUCCCCAAAUGUGGUUCUUGUAAUGAGCAUUGGCUUUAUAGCAUUUGUUGCCAUGCUUCAUGUGGUGGGCAAGCUGUAUUUCGUGCGUAGGGAGGCUUAGGGGAUAGGGCAAGAAGUUCAGUUCAUUUUUGGAUUUUUAAUACAUUGUCUCUGUUACGGUAUUUAGAUUUUCUGUUGCUGGAUCCACCCAUACAAUCCUUUGCUGUUAUUUUUAAGUUUAAUAGUGAUUUAUAUUUGCUUA